AUGUCGUUCAGGGAAGAGCCUAUCAACGACUCUAUGGCGGCUUCAGCGUUGGCGGAUUUCUGCUACGUCGCGUGCUACUCCUCAGAGCACUCCCGGACACAGUCACUGCCUCUAUCGUUCGUAUAUUUGACAGCACUAAAGCUGAUGAAAACAUAUACACCUGGCCUGUUGACACCACCUCCUGCCGAAGGGGAUGCCCUUCUAGUACUGUUCGAGAGUCUCAUUAGAUUCCACGAUCCCAUCUUGUGGUGGCAUGUCACUCGAGGCGGGACUCAGUCUUGGACUCUGGGAGAAACACAAGAUCGUCUCCGCAGCCUCUUCGCUGCUCCCCUGAGUCGUAGAGGGCAUCCUGAAGUCUGCCAGACUCUCUGGUCGAGGCUCGCUCGAGAGUGGGAUGUUGUUGAUGCGGUUUUUGCUGCUCUCGCCUGGGUGCUGCAGCAUUCUGACGAGCUCCGCAAGAUUGGAGAUGUUCGAGUGAACGGUAGCGCUGUUUUAUCCCUCGUCUCGACUGGGGAGGUGGACGAUAUCUUACAGCGUGCAGCUAGUUUGAAGGCAUUCACACCCAAAAGUGUAUUACGAGCUCUCCAGCACGCUAUUUGUGGCCAAGACGGUACAUCCCAGAAGGGCGCGCCCUGCCUACUAGUCGGCCCUGACGAUGCCCUGGCUGCUAGUGAUGGCUUCAACUCGGGACAGCUUUGUGUAAGUCGAAGUCACGGUGGUGAUGUAGCUCGUAUUCCCAAGUACUCGUUGACGUACGUCCCCGUAUACCAGACGCCUUCAGCCAUCUUUGAAAGGGUCCAUGGUCUUUGA